CAGUGGGUCCGCCCCCUGGGCCGUUCUCUGCGGAGCUGUGGCGCCGCCUGUCAGCCGGGAGCAGGAAAUCUACCCUAUUCAGGUUUGCAGUCUGAGUCACUUUCUUCUUUGAAACUGGAGCUUUAUGCAUUACAAAGUUUUUGGCUGUGACUCUGAAGUUCUCCAUUUGGACCUGUGGCUUCAGGGAAAUCCUAUGGAGAAUCCAGAUAACAAGACAGAGGUCAUUCUGCUGGCCUGUGGUUCUUUCAAUCCAAUCACCAACAUGCAUCUGAGGCUGUUUGAGCUGGCUAAAGACUACUUGCAUGAAACAGGAAAAUAUAAAGUAAUCAAAGGAAUCAUUUCCCCAGUGGGUGAUGCAUAUAAGAAGAAAAGUUUGAUCAGCGCCAAUCACCGAGUAACCAUGGCAAAGCUUGCUACAGAAAGCUCAGACUGGGUGGAGGUUGAUGACUGGGAAAGCAGCCAGAAUGAGUGGCUGGAGACACUCAAAGUUCUAAGAUACCAUCAUCAGAAACUUUCAUCUACUAAUCCUGAUAACAGUCUGCAGAGUGCUGUACCUCUAAUAAAGCCAGGUCGAAAGAGAAAACAGGAAGCAAAUAGAUACAUUCCUGUUAAAAAGAAUCAACUGAGUCCAGAAAUAAAAGGUGUCCCACAGCUGAAGUUGCUCUGCGGAGCUGACAUCUUGGAGUCCUUUGGAAUCCCCAACUUGUGGAAGCUGGAAGACAUCGCUGAAAUUGUGGCAAACCAUGGCCUUGUCUGCAUAACCAGAGCUGGAAACAAUGCACAGAAAUUUAUCUAUGAAUCUGACACGCUAUGGCAACACAAGAAUAACAUUCACCUGGUAGAAGAGUGGAUCACCAAUGACAUCUCUUCCACCAAGAUCCGAAGAGCACUGAGGAGAGGCCAGAGCGUCCGUUACCUGGUCCCUGAUGCAGUCCGCGCUUACAUUGAAAAACACAACCUGUAUAGUCCAGAAAGUGAAGAUAGGAAUGCUGGGGUUAUUCUGGCCCCUUUACAGAAAUAUGCUAGGGGAUGUAAGCAGGAACAGACACUGUAAUCUAACCUGUUGUUAUGCUGUGAAAACCCUAUGCUUUAAUGUGAGAAGAUGUUUAAUCUGUUCCAGUAAAUCAGGUCUGAUUCUGUAGCCCUUGUACGUAUGUAAAUACCAUUGAAUUCAAUGGGAGUUUUGUGCGUAUGGGGAUUGAACUUUUACAGCACAAGCCUUGUCUUUUAAAAAAAGCAAGUAUUUUUUACCUCAGGUUAAUUAACAUGCGUGAGCUAUCCUGAGGUAAAGGCACAGUGAGGACAAGGCACUUAGUUUUACCAUAAGAUAAACUAGGAAAGGUCAGUUCUGUUGACCUUACUAAGGAUAUGUCUACACUGCCCACGUUACAGUGCGGUUGCAGCAGCACUGUGACAUGGCCAGUGUAGUCACGCUUUAUCGCUGGGGGAGAGCUCUCCUGGUGAU